AUGCAACGGUACCAUGUUCCCAUGAGAUCUUUCCAAGAUUUCACUGCAAGAAUUAUUGGUGGCGAUAAACUGGUACGAAGGCUGGGCCGCUCCGUACUGAGAAGCCCAGCGGCAGCAACCCUCUCUCACACUGAUAUAUGGCUGAGAGAAGCUCUGGUAACAGGUCGCAGAAUGCGCUCGCAUAAAGUUCACAAACAUAAGGAGAUUCUACUAAAUGGCCAGGCUGAAUUGUCGUUGAAUGUGGUACUUAAUACUCUUCGAAAACUUCGUCUGACAAAAAACGGUGAUGCUUAUUUCACCUUGCUGAAUCGAUUGCAAUCCAACCAGAUCCGAUGGAUCUCCAAAAAGGGUAGCUACAUCGUGGAUCAAACACCGGUAGAGCUGUACCGUGAGCUUUCCCAUAUGCUGCGAGCCACGUCAUCUAAUUCAGACGAUCGAGCGGAUAUUACAUGUCUGGCGAAUUUUACGUUAACAGUUCUUGAAAAGUACUCUGAAAUACUUGAAACAAGAGCUACUUUAUCUCCUGAUUUGGUUUUCUGGCAGAAUUGCUCUAUCAUAGUAGCUCGUACCGGAUCUAUCCACUAUUUGCAACAUUUAUUGGAGCUGGCGAAAGGCAAGCUACCAAUCUCAUUCGCAUAUAUCGCCUUUUAUCUGCAGACAAAUCAAAUCUCACACCUUUCGUCGGUCUUGAGGACAGCUGGACUUACAGAUCUGCAGUUUUUAUCCAAGGGUCUCGUUCUUCAAAGCAUCGACAAAUUCCUCUCUUUGGGCCUGGAUGAUGACGCUGAGGGCGCAUUGAACAUAUUGAUCAACCAGAACUCACUGGAUUAUUCCACAGUCCUGCGUCUCAAUCAUUUAUCUGAGAGAUACGGCGCUUUUAAGAUGCAGCUGGCGCUGAACAAGGUGAUCAAAAGUCAAAAAGCCGAUGGAUCUGUGCCCUGGAAGACCUUCCAGAAAGAUCUCAGUUUUGAGCACUACAUAAAACUACUGGGGGAGGCCGAAGUUCAACCGUUUGGUGAGCAGCUUCCGGUGGAUUUCUUAUCUACAAAACUCCCCACAAAUGCAAUGUCGAUAAACCAAUGGUGUAGCCUUUUUCAGAAUAGUAUGCCGGCAGAAAACGCGUGGUCUUCUUUGAAAGCACUGCACUUCAAUACCGUUCUUAGCCACGUCGCUUCGCAUAGGUCAUUUAGUUUCGUUAUCUUACUUUGGCAUCGGUUGAUCAUGGACCGCGGGUGCAUUGAAGCGUUCAUGGAUUCGCAUAAACUGGCAAAUCAUAAGGGAAAAAAUGGAUUCCACAUUCUUUUGCAUGCUGCUGGAAGAUCAUCUGCGGCCAAACUUGCUGGCUAUGAGCUUUUCUGUUUCAUGAAAACUUCAAAUAGCUGCAAGCUGACGGAACAGGACUACGCGAACUUGAUGCUCUCAACCCUUCAUGGAGGGGAUAACAAGACGGUAUACAUUUACCUCCGCCACUAUAUCUUAGAUUUCGGUAAAGAGUGUUUGAGACUUAGCGAGUAUGGAAAUCACACCUGGAAGAUGGCAGCAUCUGUGGAGUCCGUGAUCAACAAGCUGAGAUCCACAGGCGAAAGACCUGCUGAAGUAGAGAAUAUUUUGAAACGAGUAGCUGCUUGGCAUUUAGAUCACCAUUCUGCAAAUGAUUUCAAAAUUCCUGAUAAGAUUCUCAAGGAUAUAUUUGGGGAUCUUUACCUUGACCACUUGAGCCCAAGACGAAUCCUUUCGCUGGAGGCGAAGUGGCGGAAACAAAACGAAAGUCCCGUAAUAUCAUCACAUCACUACUCUCUAGUGGCAGAUUGGGAUAGUGUGGAGCGCGUGAGGCUUACACUCGAUUACAUGCGAUCGCAGAAAUUAGAUACUCGUCUUCGCUAA